AUGAUUAUUUGUGCUCAUGAUGUUAUGGGGCAGUUAUAUGCAAUCCUGCUUUCAAUUACCUGUAGCACCCACAAAGGUUUCAGGGUGGACAUACUACUUUGUUCUCAAUCAGUUCAAGUCCUGUAACCUCCUGCAGAAUCUUGCAACUUUUUAUACUACAAAUGUUGCAGUUUGUUUGUUUUGUCCUGCUACUGUUGUGCUGUAGUGCAAGAGCGCCCCUCAGGAUGGCAACAAUUCAAUGGUACGGGGAAAGCAUCACAGAACUACUAGGUAAUAAAACUGAUGUCUCAGGGCCUUUUCUGCAGCUGUGUUCUGCAACAUGUCUCCUGACGCUUCCAGACUACAGUCACACCUUGGUUGUCAAACACCUUGGUACUUGUACGUUUUGGCUCCCGAACGAUCGAAACCGGGAAGUGAGUUUUCCAGUUUUUGAAAUGUUUUUGGAAGCCGAACAUCUGAUGUGGCUUCCGCUAUUGUUUCUGGUGUGCCUGUGCAAUAGGAAGCUGUGCCUUGGUUUCCAAACAUUUUGGAAGUCGAACGGACUUCUGGAGCACCUCCUGUUUGAAUACCAAGGUAUGACUGUAUUGGUAUUUUGAGGUGUGAAUCAAUCAUAUUCUGGCAAAUUCAGCGUGCACAAUUAAAGCCAACUCUGAGCUCUUGCACAGCAACCAUGCUUCCCCUCAAAUUUGUCCAUUUUUGGAUAAGGAAAUCGAUGAGAAAAUGCAGUGGAAAGUGCAGGACAAUGCUUGUGUUGACAGCACGUCCUCUAGCCUCUUCGCUAACAAGCAAAAAGCUCCAACAGCCAACGUCGUCUACUCUCUCCUUGUGAAGAAAUCGGGUUGAACGCUCAAUAAGCAGCUCAUCUGGAAACGUCCAUUGGUGAAACGGCUGAGGUGGGCAAGAAGCAGCUGUUCUGCAGGAGUUCAAAGCACGGGCGGGGGGAGGGAGGAAGAACGUGUAAUUACUCGUGCCCUGUAGCAAGGGCAGGAAAAAGCAAAGCUCAGUCGCCAACGCAAAAGCUUCUCGCGGUUGCCUCCACGCCCCGGGUCUCGGGGCAGCAAAAGGGAGGUUCGCCUUCAACCAUCAAGCAGUUGCGCGUGCGCGCUAAAAAACAACUAAUCGCGCUAGAGGCCUUGGAGAUAGAAAGAUAGAGAUAAGCGAGCUAAAGGAUACAUAGAUAAGAAAUACAAGUGGCGAGCUUGAGGACAAAGAGAUAGAAAAAACUUAGAGUGACAAUUUUAGGGGUUUUUUUGCCUAGAGAUAUUACUUCCUGGUUCCUUUCGAUAUCCCCCCCAUUCCUCCUGGGGAAAAACUGCCGCUCGCAUACUAACUAUCCCGAUGCGGCAAAGUAGAGAGGGUUAGUGCCUUACGACCAGGCUGGAAUUUAGUCCACCGGUAAUAUUUCUGGUUGAAAGCAGGACCGAGGCUAGUUUGGAUUUCCAAAUGCGUACACAGCAAAGACAUGCCCGCUUAAUCCUUCCCAGCUCAAAUCGGAGUUUUGUGCGCAGAGGCCUCGAGCUUCCGCGAGCUCGUCGCAUCCCACCACCCCGCCCCAAACUAUGCAUUAAUCCUAGGCGGAUCCACUCGGAAGGAAGUCCCACUGACUUAAAAAUGGGGCUCAUUCCAAAGUAAGUGGGUGCAGCAGGAAUGGUUUCUGUAAGAAUACAGCUAAGCACAAAGCUAAACUCGCUCCUGGAUUUGCCCACUGCUUUCUGAGAGCGGCGGGUAGAGAAAGCCAUUCCAGUGCCAACCCGGAACAUUUUAAACGUGUGUGAGUCUAUAAGUUUUUAGUCUACGGUCACUGGUUUCAAGCCACAAAGCGUCCUUUGCGCGGGGCGGGGGGCGCUGUUCUGAGGCGGCCAUGGGACUUCCAAGCGCUGCGGCCGCCACUGCUGCUGCUGUUCUGCGUCUUGGCAGCGCGCGGGUGAUCAGCCUUGGACUUUCCAUGAUAUUGUUUUCUUGGGACGACUCCAACAAAGAUUAUUUCAAAAUGAUGACAAAUAUUAUCAUACUGAGUGUACUUAUUUGCAUUUCUUUAUCUUUCUGGAUUGUGUCUAUGACUGCAAGCACGUAUUAUGGUACUUUGCGGCCUAUUUCUCCAUGGCGUUGGCUGGUUUCAAUCUUAAUUCCCCUGAUAAUAGCUUCACGAGGAUUUAAGAAAAAAAGUCUUGAUCAUAGUGGAGCAAUAGGAGGUUUAGUAGUUGGAUUUAUCCUCACUGUGGCAAAUUACAGCUUUUUCGCUGCCAUGUUCACGUUUUUUAUUACUUCCUCCAAACUCACCAAGUGGAAAGGAGACGUAAAGAGGCAAAUAGAUUCUGAAUACAAAGAAGGUGGGCAGAGAACUUGGGUACAAGUAUUUUGCAAUGGUGGUGUACCUGCAGAAUUGGCUCUGCUAUACAUGAUUGAAAGUGGUCCAGGCGAAAUUCCUAUAGACUUUUCCAAACAAUAUACAGCAUCCUGGAUGUGCCUGUCGCUACUGGGUGCUUUAGCCAGCUGUGCUGGGGACACGUGGGCUUCAGAGAUUGGCACUGUCAUGAGUAGUGAACCCCGAUUGAUAACAACCUGGGAAAAAGUUCCAGUAGGUACCAAUGGUGGCAUUACUUUGGUGGGCCUGAUCUCAAGUUUGCUUGGUGGCACAUCAGUAGGUGUAGCUUACUUCAUUUCCCAGUUGAUGUUUGUGAAUGACCUGGAUAUAUCUGCUCCACAAUGGCCCAUUAUUGUGUUUGGCGGAAUGGCUGGUUUACUGGGAUCCAUUACUGAUUCUUAUUUAGGAGCAACCAUGCAAUACAGCGGCUUAGACACAAGUACUGGAAUGGUUGUCAACCAUCAGACAAAAGACGCAAAACACAUAUCUGGAAAACCUAUCCUAGAUAACAAUGCGGUGAAUCUCUUCUCCUCUGUAGUCAUUGCUUUGUUGUUGCCAGGAGCAGCAUGGGGAUUUUGGCCAAGAGGCUGAAGUGAAAGCAUUGACUCCCAUAUCUUUUAUUAAAACAAGCUAUGACCUAAAGGAGUCUAUACAAUGCACUCUGGACUGGAAUCUGUUUUCCUACAACUGCUACACAGGCCACGAGGAAUCAUCAGGCUAUUGAAGCUACACUUCUGUAGCAGCUGCUGUUAUUGUAGGAAAAGUAGACUGGAAAGAGGCAGUAUUGAUUUGACAUCACUUUGGUAAUGGAAUACAGUUCUGCCUGAAGUUUCUUCAUCUGCUGCUUACAAGGUUGUAUGCUUGAUCUCAAUUCAUUCUCUACCAUCUAGUAAUUUAUUGAAGGAAAUGGGAAACUAAGGUGUUAACCUAUCACUGAGUACAGCUGUGUUCACAAUCAAAGCAAUGGACUUAACAUUAUACAUCUCCUAACUUCUAUUGUAUUGUAGGAUGCGGAAAACACUUUUGAGGUGGUUUCCUCUGUGCACCAUCAAAAGGUGCUGAGGCAGUUAGGACACGAAUGUUUGAAUGGCUUCAUAAGAUCAAAAGCUUUUUCUUUCUUUCUUUUAGUAGAACACAUCAACAAAAACCAGGCUCUGAAAGAAUCUGUGUUGUUUCUCUUAGAACUAAAAUGUGAUCAUUCUAAUAACACUAUUGGUGUCUAAAGUUUAAAAAUUGGCAGAAUGCUUGUUUUGGUCCAUAUCUUUAGCUAUUCUUAUUAGCUAUGGUUUUAUCCGAGCAUAUUGAACAAGCAGCAUUCUUUACAUUCAUUUCAUUUACUUCUGUGUUUCGUGAUGUAUGUUUUGCUUUUAAAACCUGAAGGAGGUGGCAGCCUGCAGAUUCACUUUAGUCAACAAUAAAUGCAGGUUUCGUUUCUUGACCAUGCAAGGAACUAGAUUUCUGAGCUUUCAGAAACCUCAUCUUUACACAGAACUGUGGUAAAAGUUGUACUUCUGUAUAACUAAAUGCAACUCUUCUCAGGAUGUGAAAUUUCUCUUGUGCUAAUGAAAACCUUUCAAGUAGUAUGAUUGUAAAAUCUGCUCUAAUAUACUUUUGUUUUAUCUAGUUUGUUUGCAAACAGAUGUGUUUUCUGUACUCUUAUAUUUGUUGCUUUACAGCAAUUUUAUAUUGGUCUGAGAUGCUAACACUUUCAAUCUGGCAUAUAAUACUUAAGAAAAUCUGUAGGAUGUUAUUGUUAUGACUCACAAACUACUUUUAAGACUGUAUCCAUUCAGAGUUGUCAAAUAUUUUCAAGUUGGUAGUUACAAAUUUAACUUGUCAAUGGGAUCAUGAUCUUGUAAGGUAAAAUAGGGGUCAUGGUCUUACAAGGCAGAUCACAAGACUAUUUCAAAAGUUGGACAGCAAAACACUGGAUGCCUUGAACUUCACUCGUUCACACAGUGAUUAGACAUUUGACCUUGUGCAACAUUCAUUGUAGAAAGAUUUUUCUAGUGUAGAUAGGAUUACACUGGGUACAAUAAAGUGAAUAUAACACCUCAAAGCAGCAUAUAAAUUGCACUAAUGUUACAGAACCAUUGUGAAAAGUUUGUGCUUUAUGGGAACAUGGAAAUGGUAUAAAAAGAGGAGACAACAAAGAGAGGCAAAAAGUGGUACCUUAGAUAACAUUUAUUGUCUUUUAUAGUCGAACGCAUCAACAAAGGUUCACUUUAGAAGGUAUCUGUGCUGUUUUUGUUAUAAUUGUCAUGAGAUAGUUCUAAUACUACGGCAUAAUUGAUGUCUAAAGUUUAAAGUUGGUCCUUUGUGGGAGGAUGGCAAAGAUAUAAAAAGGGGGGUUUAAAAGUUGGAACUUGGAAUAAGGCAAGAAGAAAUUGAUGGAACUGGGAAAAGAGCUAGCAGAGAAAAGCUCUCUCUGAUGACGAACACAUUCUAGCCAUCGUCAGAAGAGUGAGAACACAGGAAAGUGUGAGCAAGUUGUAAAGGAAAGGGAGAGAGGAUAAGUGGGCUGAGAUUUAACACUUUGAAUGAUUUUCUUUUUUUCUUUUUUUAAUAUAAGAGGGAACAUACAUUUUAAUAUUCUUUGCCUCAGGGCUCUUCCUUUGAGUUCUAUAGGGCUAUUUGUAUUGGAAGUGCAUAUAAUUUCUUUUCCAGAUGAGAGCUUGUUUUAUAAAAUUAUACCUAUUUGAAUAAAUCUGACUUAAAAAUGAAA